AUGGGUAGGAUGAGCUACGGUGGUGCAUACGUCAACCGUGGUUACGACUAUCAUCAAAGAAGGGACCGCAUUAAUGAAGAUGAAGUUCCUGAAUCCAAGCAUACCAUAUUCAUUCGUGGUUUGCCUGGUGACAUGUCAACAGACGAGAUCAGGGAGUAUUUCGAAGACAGAAUUGGGCCAGUUUCUUUCGAUUUUGUUAAAACUAGUGCUGACCAGCAGCGCCUGUUCGUUGCUGUCCGCUUCGAAACAAGAGAUGAUGCAAAGGAAGCAAUGAGCAAGUAUAGUGACAGUGAUUUGAUGGGUCAUCGGUGUGAACUAAGCUGGUUCAAAGACAUUCGUAGAUAUGCGCAGUAUCAAAGUAUGAACCAGAACAGUAAGUCUCCAGCGCUGACUCUAAGGACAGGACGGCCAUUUUACCGAAAUCGAUCCUAUCAACAGAGUGCUGGCAGAGGAAGCGGUCGAGAAUCGUACAAAAGAAGGCACUCGGAUCGUGAUGAUGACAGGAGCAGAUCGAGGUCGAGAGAUCGAGCCCGAUCAUCUAGUGAUAGUCGUUCUCCGAGUGCGAGGUCGGCGAACUCCUCGCGUAGUCGUUCGCGCAGUAGUGACCAUGGAGUAAAUGAUGAACGUGACCGGCGGUCUCCAUCCAAUGACACGAACUCUGAUCGUGACAAGGACAAGGACAACGAUGGAGAUCCUGAGAAAAAACGUGCUAAAAAGGACAGAAAGCACAGAAAGUCAGAGACUAUUCUGGCAACGCCAGAACGUGCAAUAUUUGGACGACACGCUCCCGCUGGGUCUCCAGUCUCGCCGAAUCAAGAGGAAGCAUCAGCUGCUCCGAACGAUGCUCCUACGGAAAGUGCAGACGCAGAACCUCCAUUUCCUCCUCCGUUGGCUCCUGUCACAAGUGCUCCAGUCCGCUUUCCUAUUCGCAUCAAUACUCCAGCUAAUGUCAUCAGCAAUACCAGUUUCACUAUUGGUAUUGAAUCA